UUCUAUUAGUCUCACGGCUCGGCCUGUUGGAGAAUGGCGGCAGCAACGCUGCGAUGGGUAGUCCAAAUGCACCGGGACGUGCCGCGGGCAGCACGCUUCUAUGCGGAGGGGCUCGAUUUCAGCGUCAACGUCUGCACGCUCCGUUUUGCAGAGCUGCAAUCUGGGCCGCUCAAGCUCGCACUCAUGCACACCAAUGACAGUACCCUUGCAACACAGAGAGCCUAUUCUUCAAUGCUGUCCUUCACCGUACCGGACAUAAGCAGUACGGUAACAAAGUUAAUGGCUCUGGGAGCUGAGUUGGAUGGUCCCAUCAAAUAUGAGAUCCAUGGAAAAGUUGCAGCCUUACGAUGCAUAGACGGACAUGUGCUAGGUCUUUACGAGCCAGCCUGAAGAACCUACUGUAUAGGCAAUGAGAAGUCAUUUUAGCCGCUUGCAGAUUAGAGACACUAUAUGAGCUUAAUAAUCGUGCAAAGGAGAUGUUUUGGCAUGGCAACUAACUCGGUGUACAAUAUCUGGAUGUUAGGUGUGUUCGGGGAAUUAGGAUGUCAGUGUGCUGCUAACUGUUUAGCUCAUAUUGCCGGCGGUGAAGCACAUUUCUUUGUCACAACCAGCUGCCCAGCAGCUAGGAUGAAACUAU